CACGUGAUCAAAAUACGUAAAGCACGUGGUGCAGUGCUCUCUCUCUAGCUAUUCCGUUCUUUUGUGUUGAAGUCCGAAUAGCAGAAAAGCGACAGGGUUGAGUGUUCUCUCAUCAAGGGAAGCAAUGCAGAUCUUCGUCAAGACCCUGACGGGUAAAACCAUCACCCUCGAGGUGGAGGCCAGCGACACCAUAGAGAACGUCAAGGCCAAGAUCCAGGACAAGGAAGGCAUCCCGCCCGACCAGCAGCGACUCAUCUUUGCCGGGAAGCAGCUGGAGGACGGGCGGACGCUGAGCGACUACAACAUUCAGAAGGAGUCCACGUUGCACUUGGUGCUGAGGCUGAGGGGCGGGGUCAUCGAGCCAUCCAUGAAGAUACUGGCACAGAAGUACAACUGCGACAAGAUGAUCUGUCGCAAGUGUUACGCUCGACUUCCUCCGAGGGCCACCAACUGCCGUAAGAAGAAGUGUGGCCACUCUAGCAACCUGCGACCCAAAAAGAAGCUCAAUUCCGCAUAAUUAUGCGUUCGUGUGGUUGGUUAGUGGGUGUGGUUUAGGACGGUGGGUGCGGCUUGUAAUGUGAGAAGACUCGCAAUGGCGUCGACCUCAGGUCCUACAAGUGAUCCCUGCUCGCCCAAGCCAGUCGUUACGUACUUCGGAGAGAUCCACCUGCUGUCCGCCGUGGUACAGAAGAAGCUGCAGACGAGGCUCAAGUCUCUGCAGUUAUCGUCCCUCUCUUCCCUCCCCAAAGAGGAGCAGAUCCAGGGAUUCAGUGACGUCUGCGAUGGAGUGGAGUUCAUUGAGCUCCAGAAGCUUCCGGAGAGCCAGGGGCAGUACCCGAGGCCGCUGCACAAGAGACCGGCUCUCCACACCUUCUGGACUGAGUGCUGGAAGCAUGAGACGUACACGUCAAUCACUCGACCGAGGAUCCAGAAAUGGCUGCAGGGCCUGGAGAAGGGUGGAGUGACCGAGUGUGCGAUAGUCUACUGCAUCACGGCAGAGGUGAGGGCCAAGAGACAGCGGACAUUCAGCAACUUUGCCACCACCUCACACGUCAUGGAAGACAUGAAGAACGACUUCAAGGGAAAUGAACUGCUGCUGUUACGUCUGGUCUCGUCAGAGGAGUCCCGCGUCCUGGACUCUCUCCUGGCAUUCUGCUCUCAAGUAUCCUCUCUCUGCAGAGCCAAGUUCCAAAAGGACAUAGAGGUGGAGGCAGAACUGGUGGCUGGUCGACGUAACGCAGCCUGUGAGCCAAAGGAACUCUACGGCAUCUUUCUACAGAAGUUGAACCUGGCAGUAAGCUAUGAGAUGACUCUCCAGAACGAAGAAGCUCUCCUGCUGUACCAGGAGGCUGCGACUGACCUGGAGUCUGCCGUCUCCAUCAUCUGCGGGAGCCAGACUCCGCCCACCUGGCUGCGGGCCCUGCAGGAGGCUCAGUGUGACAGUUGGGACUACCCAAAGCUGGCCUGGCACAACCUCGCUUGGAAGUACCUGCCCGCCAUCCAGACGUGCAGCUCUCCCCUCCUCCACACACACACCUACCUCCUGACGCGGAUAGCCCACCUCCACUUCACUCUGGAGAGGGCGUGGACCGUGUCCGAUCUGGUCAUCUCCACGCUCCACGCCAUGGCCAGGCAGAAACGAGCUCUCAAGCUGCCCCUGCCCGACGGGUCGUUUGAUUGCUGGGCAUACAUGGCCUGUAAUGAAACUGUUCUGGCCAUUAUGUCUCGAGUCAACCCCGACACCCUGGUUGACUCCACCACCUCCCUCCUCCUGGUCCGCGCCCAGCUCUGGCACUACGCCCUCGAGAAGCUUCACUACAUUGGAGGCCUAUGUGGACUGAUGCCUGGCAACAAAGCAAUAGAACAGAACACUUCUCUUAUUCACACUCUCAUCAAUGGAAUCUCACCCGUUCCUUUUGAAGUGAGCUCCAAGGAGAUGGUGGAAGAUCAAGGGAGGAAGCUCAGGGACAUCCUCAUAUCUAAAGACUCGUUCAAGCAAGCUUACCUGAUGCUGGGUGAGAUGGUGAUUGGAGCAUUCAAGCAUGCCGGGAGGAGAAGGAUGGCGUUUAGAGUCGGCACCAAGAUGGCCAAGUUCCACCGGUCAGUGGGUGAAAGGAAAAGUGCCUUGUUACUUCAUAUUUUUAGUCACUGGUUACUCAGUGCCAUAAGAAAGAAAAGUUAUGAACAGAGGUUAGGAGCUAAGAGCAAUUGAAAAUGCAAUUUUGUGACUCAAAACUACCAGAAUUCACGUUGCAUGCUGCACACCUUGUACAACUAUAGCAGCAGUCAAAAAAUUAAUUGCGAGCACGUGAAGAGAUGGCACCCGAAUUAUUCUCAUGCACCAGAGCUUUCUGACACACUGAGCAACGAUUAAUGUUGUGUGUUGUUUUUGAAUGACGUAAUCAACUACUCAAACAUAUACAACUGGCAAAGCUACACACUACUCAUAUCAGUUCAAUCAGAGUUCAAAUCAUCUACACUACUGUACUGUUCUUUGUGUUAAAAACACGGCCAGUUUCUUUAGCGAGUGCACACGACACAACUCAAUUCUUUCUCUUGUUCGUACGGAGGGCAGGGCAGACUCCCACACCGCGGCUCUACAAAAUAGAACAGGGCUCCGUUUGCGUUAGCGUGUCCCGCAAGGGCCUUCUUUGCAUCGGCGUCCACGCACUCGAACGUGGCGCGGUGGUGUUUGUGGUGCGCAGACAUGAGGAAACCGUGGAACUCUUCCUUCCACGACGACGACGGGCAUUUGUAGGUUCCGGGGAUCAUUAUCUUGGCGGACCGAGUGGAGACGUAGCACACUGCGCAGGG